UCAGAUGAUCUGGAGCUAGGCGAACCAGAAGAAACAGCAGCAUCUCCUAAGCCAUGUGGCGUGACUAACAUCCUAAACGAAUACUAUGAGGAGAAAGUGCGUCCCUGUAUCGACCUGAUCGACUCCCUGCGCUCACUGGGCGUGGAGCAGGAUUUGGCUCUGCCAGCUAUUGCUGUUAUUGGGGACCAGAGCUCAGGGAAGAGCUCUGUGCUGGAGGCUCUGUCUGGAGUGGCACUGCCAAGGGGGAGCGGAAUUGUGACACGAUGUCCCCUGGAACUGAAGAUGAAGAAAAUACAAGCAGAGGAUGAAUGGCAUGGUAAAAUUAAAUACAAAGAAGUAGAAAUGGAAAUUGUGAAACCCUCUGAGGUGGAGAAAUUUAUUCGAGAAGCCCAAGAUGAGAUUGCAGGUGUUGGUGUGGGUAUCUCUCAAGAACUAAUAAGUCUGGAGAUCUCUUCCCCUGAUGUUCCUGAUCUCACGCUCAUCGACUUGCCAGGAAUUGCCAGAGUUGCUGUGAAGGGUCAACCAGAUGACAUUGGGGAACAAAUCAAGAACCUGAUAAAGACGUUCAUCACAAAGCAGGAGACAAUUAAUCUGGUUGUGGUGCCAUGCAAUGUUGACAUAGCAACAACCGAAGCCUUAAAGAUGGCGCAAGAAGUGGACCCUGAUGGUGAACGGACUCUAGGUAUCCUGACAAAACCAGAUCUGGUGGACAAGGGCACAGAGGAGACAGUUGUGAAAAUCAUCCUCAAUGAGGUCAUUCACCUUGCAAAGGGCUACAUGAUUGUCAAGUGCAGGGGACAGAUGGAUAUUUUAGAUAAGGUGUCACUUACUGAAGCCCUUGACAAAGAAAAAGCUUUUUUUGAAGGACACAGCCACUUCGACAUCCUCUAUAAGGAAGGUUAUGCCACCAUUCCACAUCUGGCUAAAAAGCUGACUCUGGAGCUUGUGCAGCACAUUCAGAAAUCCCUGCCCCAACUAGAUGUCCAGAUUGACAGAAAAAUGGCUGAUAUUCAGGCAGAGCUCAAGAAGUAUGGAGAAGGACCUCCGACAGAUGGUGCAGAAAAGAAGGCCUUUUUGACUAAUAUAUUGACUAAAUUCACACAAGACAUUAUCAACCUGAGCACUGGAGAAGAACUGAAGAAUGGAAAUCUGUUAUCCACACUGAGAACAGAGUUUGGAGAGUGGAAGAAUCUCCUUGACCAUUCUGGGUUAAAAUUCAACAACAGGAUUGAAGCAGAAAUGAAAGAGUAUGAAACUAAGUAUCGGGGCAGAGAGCUUCCUGGCUUUGUCAACUACAAAACAUUUGAGAUGCUAAUGAAGGAGCAGAUCAGCCAGAUGGAGGAGCCUGCUGUAAAGAAGCUUAAAGAAGCUUUGGAUAUAGUGAGGAGAGCAUUUGUACAACUUUCUCAACAGAGCUUCACUGGAUACCCGAACCUCCUCAAAAUUGCCAAGACUAAAAUUGAAGCCAUAAAGCAGAGCAAAGCUGCCACAGCAGAGUCUUUGGUGAGGACUCAGUUCAAAAUGGAGAUGAUAGUGUACACCCAGGACAGCACUUAUGGUCACAGCUUACAGGAGGAGAAGGGGGAAGAGGAGAAGAUGAAGGAUGCUAAUUGUGGUAAAAACCAGAUUGACAAUGAAGAUACUGAGGCAACUCUGCGUGAGAUGGUGAGGCAUCUCAAAUCAUACCAUCGCAUCGCCAGCCAGCGCCUGGCUGACCAGAUCCCGCUAGUCGUACGCUACCAGAUCCUGCAGGAGGCAGCCUUGCAGCUACAGCAGGAGAUGAUACAGCUUCUGCAGGAGAAGGACAACGGGGAUCACCUGCUGAAGGAGGAGUAUGACAUCGGCACCAAGAGGAAUAACUUGGUCUCCAGGCUCAAUCGCCUGAAAGAGGCACAAAUCAAAGUGCAGUCAUUUUCAUGAAUCAUCUACUACCAUUUUAGCCCAGAGGUCUGGCUAACAUCAUGAUAUAUCACAUUGUUUGUACAUUUAGGGGAUUUAUUACUGGAAACUCAAAUACCAUGGAAUGUUAGAUUACUGUUAAUUCAUUGUUAUUGAUAAUUAAUAGUUUAGGUGAAACUAGCUCAGCGAUGUAGAACUAAAAUGAUAUAUUUACUACAUAUAUUAUUUUAUUUGUGAUUUUUUUUGGGAAGCAAAUGUUCUUCAGUGCAUUUCUGUAUCAUUUUUGGCAUAAACAAGUAGGGCUGGGCGAUAAAAGGAUAACGAUUAUCGUGAUAUAAUUAUUGUGAUAUAAUUUUCUUCGAUAUUGGUGUGCCAAAUUCUUGAGAAGUAUAUGACUGUCGCCGCCCUUCUCAGGCCCUGCCGCUCUUAGGGCCCUGCAUGUGAAAAAGAGGAUAAAAUAAAAGAAUAAAAUGAUCGUAACGGUAUUGCUUCAAUAUUAUGUUCAUCUUGAUAUAAAUCUAUUUCAUGUAUCCAUAAUGAAUAAUGCAAUUGAUAGUGUAGUAGAAAAUAUAAAGAAUGCUUCAGAUUUUAAGUGAUCAAUAAAUAUCUAGGCACGACUUUGACAGGUUAUCAUAGACAUCUGCUGCUAUCAAUAAAAAUAUCAAUAAAAAGCUAUUUGAGUUUU